AUUCCUAAUUUAGGUUUUAACAGUUGUAAUUAGUCUAAUUAAUAAUGGAAUCCUAUUUUCUCAAAAUCGACCUAACAUUUAACCCGAAACGCUGCGUUUUAUGUAAAAUCAGUAGUAGAGCUUCACGGUUUAAAUAACCCCUGCCUAAUUUCAGCCGGCGGCGUACUCGCUAAUCCGAUGCCGCGACAAGCUACCGAUAUCCGAUCCUCCGCCGCCGUCGGAUCGGAGGUGGCGAGAAAGCACGAUUCAUUUAUUAAAAAAAUUGUCAGAAACCCCAAAACAUCCUUCGCUCUGGCCAUUCUCCUCGCCGACGCCAUCCUGGUUUCUCUCAUCAUCUCCUAUGUUCCAUACACGAAGAUUGACUGGGAUGCUUACAUGUCACAGGUUAGUGGUUUUCUGGGAGGAGAGAGAGAUUACAGCAAACUGAAAGGGGAUACAGGUCCUUUGGUAUAUCCAGCUGGAUUUCUCUAUAUUUACUCAGCUAUUCAGUAUGUUACAGGUGGUCAGGUUUACCCUGCCCAGGUGUUGUUUGGCCUGCUCUAUAUGGUGAAUCUCGGAAUGGUUCUAUUUAUUUAUUUGAAGACGGAUGUGCUUCCUUUGUGGGCUCUUUGCUUGCUUUCUCUGUCUAAAAGAGUGCACUCCAUCUUUGUGCUUCGCUUGUUCAACGACUGUUUUGCCACAACUCUCUUCCAUGCCUCAUUAAUUUCAUUUCUUUAUCAGAAGUGGCAUCUGGGUUUAAUUAUCUUCAGUGGAGCUGUUUCUGUGAAGAUGAAUGUUCUUCUUUUCGCACCUCCCUUGUUACUCCUCUUGAUGAAGGCUAUGGAUAUUUCUGGAGUUAUAUCUGCUGGUUUAGGUGCAGCUUUGGUUCAGAUUCUCUUGGGGUUACCUUUCUUAUUAACACAUCCUGUUGAAUAUCUCUCAAAAGCCUUCAAUCUUGGCCGUGUGUUCAUACAUUUCUGGUCUGUCAAUUUUAAGUUUGUUCCGGAACCAGUUUUUGUGUCUAAAGGAUUUGCGCUGUUUCUAUUGGCUGCUCAUCUUAUCCUGCUUGCUACCUUUGCUCAUUACAGAUGGUGCAGGCAUGAAGGAGGACUAUGUUCUCUCUUGCAUUCCAAACUUGUUCAAAUGAAGCUCAAGAUUUCUUGUCUGAGUUCUUUUGCCCUCAGACCGUUCAAUAAUCACAAUUCAAACCCGAGGGUGCUUAGAACAGAGCAUAUCGCAACGACUAUGUUUGUUGGGAACUUCAUCGGAAUUGUGUUUGCACGGUCUCUGCACUAUCAGUUCUACUCUUGGUAUUUUUAUAGCCUGCCCUAUUUAUUGUGGCGAACGCCAUUUCCUACCUGGUUGCGCUUAAUUUUGUUCGUGAUAGUGGAGUUCUGUUGGAAUGUCUUCCCUUCAAACGACUACUCAUCGAUUCUGCUACUUGGAGCCCACUUAACUAUAUUAGCAGGCCUCUGGUUGGCACCACCGGAAUAUCCAUACGUUGAAGGUACAAACCAAAAAACAGCAAAUAUAGAAAAGAAAUCCAGCUGAAGACUCUUAUCUAAAUUAAACUUAUUUCAAUUGAAUCUUUGUUGUUCUAAUUAAACAAGAUUGUGUUGGAUGUAAAAUUGAAAAAAAAAAAAUAUUUUUCGAAAAAAUAUCCUUUUUCGUUUUUCUGGACAUACAUACAAUCGAGUCCCCGAUUUGUUAGAUUUGCUUCCCAUGAUUUCCUCAACAGAACUUGUCUUUUUCCUGGGAAUCUUAAUAGAAAUUUGAAUUUUUAAUCAUUUUUUUCGCCUUAUUGAAGUUUGGUGUGCAGAGAGAGCGCUUGUGAUCACAUGGAAAUGUAUAUAUAAGGCGACUCUUGUGAUCACAGUAAAUGAGCUUUUAAAUAAUUACAUAUUA